UAGGCGAUUGGGAAUGUGGGUCUUGUUUUGGCUCACUUCUCAUUGGGCGACCUGAAUCGGGUUACUAAACCCUUCCAAAGCAGUUUCCCUGCUGCAGGCCGCAGGGAGGAUCUCUGUGAUCACUCAGGAGCUGCGUGUGCCCGCAGGCAGUCCGCACAGUAAAGUCGCCCAGCGCGUGGACCCGGGAAGCUCCAGGCAUCUCCGCACAACCCGGAAACCAAAGAGUUCCGCGUUCUCCGCCAGGGAAGCCUCUGCUCCUCGCCCCGCCCGCCGCCCAGAGACAGGACCGAGGCCUAGCCCUCUGUCUCCUCGACCGAAUCAUGAACCAGUCCCGUGCUGGCGCCCGCCUGCGCAUCCUGCUGGGACACCUCGGCCAGCGCUCGGCAGGGGCCGCCGUAGCUCACCCGACUUCAGGGGCUGUUUCUCCUAACAGUUUCCAGACUCCACAAUUCCAGUAUACUCGGGAUAAUAAUGUUCUAAGCCUAGAACAGAGACAAUUUUAUGAAGAAAAUGGGUAUCUUGUCAUUAAAAAUUUGGUAUCUGAUGCUGAUAUUAAACGCUUUAGGAACGAGUUUGAAAGGAUCUGCAAAGGGGAGGUGAAACCAGAACAAAUGAUGAUAAUGAGAGAUGUGACCAUUGCAAAAUCAGAAUAUGCUCCAAGUGAAAGGACAGUUUCAAAAGUCCAAGAUUUUCAAGAAGAUGAGGAACUCUUCAGAUACUGCACUCUCCCUGAGAUUCUGAAAUAUGUGGAGUGCUUCACUGGACCCAAUAUCAUGGCCAUGCAUACAAUGCUGAUAAACAAACCUCCAGAUUCUGGUAAAGGGCUCUUAUUUGUUAGGAAGAAGUGAAAGAGAAAGAAAGAAAGAAAAAGAAAGAAAGAAAGAAAGAAAGAAAGAAAGAAAGAAAGAAAGAAAGAAAGAAAGAGAAAAAAAUCUUUACGGUGUUCUAACUAUACCUGUGUGUAUAACUGCUAAACUUUGAUAAAUAAAUAUAGAUGUCCUUUUAUUUAA